AUGACGCAUAGACCUACAAUCAUAGUCAUUCUUGAAACUCGACGUGUGUCAGUGAAACUCAAGAAAGCUUUUGAGAAGUUGGGGUUUGAGGAUUUCAUUUAUACUGAUAAUUAUGGCUUUGCUAGAGGAAUAAAGAUAGGUUGGAAGGAGGAAGAUGUGAGUGUGUCCUUGGCUCACAAGGAAUUCCAAUUCAUCCAAGUGUGGAAUUUUACUACUGUGUGCGCUAGUCCCAAUGCUGAAAAUAGGAAGCUGUUAUGGGAGAAGUUAAAAGACAUUAGUGAAACAAACCAGGUACCUUGGCUUAAUAUUACUGGAGAUUUUAACGAUAUUGUUUACGACCAUGAGAAGAGAGGAGGUGUGCCACUGUCUUAA